GUGUGUGUGUGUGUACUCUGUUCAACACGACGUUCACUUCCCCGCUGCAGUCAGACGAUAACACACUGACAGCUGAUCAGGAGCAGGGAGAUAUGGAGGCUCAGAGUCACUGACUUCACUACAGAAUAACACACCAGAUGGACUCAGUGCUGCCACUCUAGCAGCCGCUACCACUAUGCUCCACCGGAAUAUGAGGACAGUUGGGGUGGAGCUACCCGAGAUGGGGUCGAAAGACGUUCCCCUCAUCGGCUACCGUCCCCUUCCACCAGACGCCAGCGGUCCUCCUGGUCAGUGGGCGAAGGAGACAGAGGCCAGAGAACAAAGCUCCUCUCAGGUCGAGGCGUCCCCCAUGAAAACCACUUGGUACUGUCCACUCAACCUGUCCACUGUUACUGAGAAGGAGGAGGACGGUAUCAUUUACUCGGUGAUUGUGAAGCCAAACCACAGUGACCCCAAUGCACAGUCGUCAUGUCACCGCUCGCAGUGUGUCAAGGCCGGGACGGAAGAGAAGCUGGUACUUCACCUCCUCCACUCCUUCUCCAUGGAGGACACGUCCUUUAUCUCCAUCUUCCUCUCCACCUACCGCUCCUUCACCACCACUGAAAGGGUGCUGGACAUCUUGACAGACAGACUGGGAGAUCCACCGGGAGACAGCGGCAGUCCCACCCGCCAGACCUUCAACAAGGCAGUGUGCACCGUGUUCAGCACGUGGUUAAACGAAUACCCGGAGGACUUCCACUCGCUGCGAGAACCCUCACGCCUGCUCCGUCUCGCACCACUCAUGCCAAACCAGACAGGGUCAGAGGUCAGAAGUCGGCUGCUGAAGAUUGCAGAGGAGCUCAGCGAUAAAUCCCUGAUUCCUGACCCUUCUGCAGAUGCGGCAAAUGCUUUUCUCCAACCAUCAUCUCCGGACCCUUCGAAGUUCGAAGCAACCAACAUCCUGGCUUUUCCCUCGAGCGUCAUCGCCGAGCAGCUGACCAAGAUCGAGACUGAGCUCUUUCUGAAGCUGGUGCCGUAUCACUGUCUGGGCUCGCUCUGGUCUCAGAGAGACAAGAAGGGCCAUGAGGGGAAGUGCUGGUCGGUCCGAGCCACGGUGCGUCAGUUCAACCGCCUGGCCAACGCCGUUACAGCCUCGUGCCUGUGGCAGACGGAGCUGAAGACCCAGCAGAGGACACGCCUUCUGGAGAAAUGGAUCAGCGUAGCCGAGGUUUGCAGAAUCAAGAAGAACUUCUCGUCACUGUAUGCCAUCGUGUCAGCGCUGCAGAGUAACCCCAUCCACAGGCUGAGGAAGACGUGGCAGGAGACGGACCGGGAGGCGAUGAAGCGCUACGAGGAGCUGGCUUCCAUCUUCUCGGAGAAAGACAAUUACUCGCAGAGCCGAGAGCUGCUCAAAGAAGAAGGCCCCCCCAAAUCCGCCAACGUAGACACUAGAACCAACAACAGAAGACACAUGUCCAGUACUCAGGGCACCGUGCCGUACAUGGGCAUCUUCCUGACCGACCUCACCAUGCUGGACGCCGCAGUCAAAGACAGACUAGAGAACGGCUAUAUCAACUUCGACAAACGGCGACGGGAAUUCGAGGUUCUCGCCAAAAUCCGGCUCCUCCAGUCGUCCUGCAGGAACAGCAGCUUCCGAUCGGACGAGUUGUUCUUGCACUGGUACCACAGUGUCCCCAGGCUGACCGAGGAGGAAAGCUACAGACUGUCCAAUCAGAUCGAGCCUCAGGUAGAACCGAGUCCAGGACGUGUUACCCAUCCCACCGUAAUCAUCACACAGUGUCCCGAUGAUCUCUCUGCUGUGACAAGCUCAGGCAUGGAUGCUGAUGGAAUAUUUGAUUUCCCCUCGCCUGUCAAUCAUCUGCUCUCCAGGCUUGCCAAGCACAUGAAAUCCCCUUCCGUUUCCUGUCUGGAUGUCGAAUCGUCCCCUCCACAACCCAGCGAACCUACCCCCACUGCAGUGACCACGCCCAAUACCAUGUCGAGAACCCAUCGGCGCUCCGUCUCGUGUGGCAAUGCUCCGCCCAAUCAAACACAAGGGGCGGGGCCAGAUAUGCGGAUUGUCAAGAUACGGAUGGAUUUACGCGACGGGAAUUUGUAUCGCAGCAUUCUGGUUAGUAGCAACGACAAAAGUCCUACUGUGAUCAGCUCGGCGUUAGAGAAACACAACCAGGAUCCCAGAGAGGCCUCCAAAUAUGAACUCAUCCAGCUGCUUCCCGAAGGAAAAGAGCUGACAAUUCCCGUCACAGGAAACGUCUUCUACGCCAUGAGCUCAGCCAGCACGGACUUCCUGUUGAGGAGACGAGGAGGAAACACGCCGGUGGGAUCACCGUCGCUGAACAAUGAGACCAGCGCGACUUUUCCACGAAUCAAGGCCAAGGGGCGGAGACUGAAGUUCAACUAAGACGGCGACGAGAGCGACGCCGCCGCGACGCCGCCCGUGUUACGGCUUUCUACCUCGAACGGACUGAUAACCCCGUUAGCUUCGGCUAAUCUGUGAAAAACACUGAAUUAUCAGCGAUGAUAAACGACUAUGAAACUCCAACUGAAUGCCGUGUAGCACUUAAGGGGUACUGAUGCACAAUAACUUCACACAGUAAUUUAUCUUUAAGGAAAAAAAAAAAAAAAAAAAAAAACCUGAUAAACUCUCACUGCCACUUUGUAACCAAGUAUGCAAACAUGAGGUUCUGACUAAAUCUCAACAACACUGUCAACUUUCCCGAUCUCGAACCUGAGCAGCGGUUCAGCCUGUGAUCCUUUAUAUAUAUAAAUAAAGGAUGUUAAAUGCACAGAGCACGAAGCUCCCUGAGAAAUGUAACACUAAGGAAAUAAAUAUAUCUAUGUCUUAAUGUCUGCUAUACGUAUACACAUGUACAGUCAACACGAUGGUUCUCUUGUCUGACGUGCUCUGAUGAACCCUGCGCCGCUGAUGAGAGUUCGCUCACGAUGCUUUUGAAGUCUGGUCUCAACUGAAGCGCCCGAGCUCUCGGAUCAGCGCAGGGCGGAAGAGCCGCGUCUGGGCCGCCGUCGUGGUGAAGUGCCUUGUGAUCAUCAGGUGCUCUCUCGCUUCUGCCACGUCACCCAGGAUGAGCUGACGUUACGCGUUCAUGUUUCUGUACAGAGAAAAGCUGGGUUUAUGCAAAAAUGAUGUGCACCAACUAUUCUUGUACACAAUAAAUUUUCAUUUUGAUACAUAUCGGA